CCAUUUUCAAAAUGUGACAUAUAAAUCAAAAUUCCAAUACACAAAUAGACCAAUAAAAAUUCAGAAACCUUAUUUGACACUAUUGACAUUGACAGAUGAUUAACGUUUGACAGUGACAGUAAGAAAGAGAUUAUGGUGUGAUAAUUAAAGUCAAAGUUCAUUAGUUUAUAAAUAAUAUCGAGUUUUAAACAAAUCAACAUAGUAAAAAAAUCGCGCUGGAGUCAUGAUAUUAGUUUACAUCGAGUAUUAAUGGAUGAUGAAUACCACAGAAAUCGCUAGUCACACAGGAGGCUUACAUUGUUCCAAAGAUGCCUUAACUGAUGUAUUCGGAUGGUUCUUACAAGUACUUUUAGCCUCUUUAGCAUUCACGUGCCUAAUUGCAAAACGCUUCUGCGAGCCAAGAGGCGAGAGAAGAUCAUGGUUGAUUUGGUUUUAUGAUACAUCGAAACAAGGGAUGGGGGCCAUAGCUAUUCACCUAGCUAACGUAUGGCUAUCUGGGCAGUAUAAAGGAGAUCCUUGCACUUGGUACUUGAUAAAUUUUCUGUUGGAUUCCUCAUUAGGCCUGUUAAUAAUAUUUAUUGGAAUAAGGCUUUGUCAGUACUUAGCUAGGACUAAAGGCUGGGAAAACAUUAAUUUUGGAGAAUACGGUAAACCACCCUCUGCUAACGCUUGGAUGACGCAAUGUUGCCUUUAUGUUUGUCUUAUGAUAAUUGUGAAAGUGUCCAUAACACUGUUCAUGCAUUUGAAUUUUUGGGAGAACGUAAAAGAUUUCAUUUUGUCGCCGAUACCCAACCAGAAAGUCGAAGUGGCUUUCGUAAUGUUAAUUAUACCGUUUUUUGUAAAUAUGUUAAUGUUCUGGGUGACCGAUAAUUUCCUCAUGUACAAAGAUCCGGCGAAAAGGCGAAGAUAUAGUAGUUCAAGCGAUGGAUUCUUCCGUAAAAUUCAUGUCAAAUACAGAUCUUUGGCUCGAAAGAGGCAACGAGAAUCGGAGAGUGAUGUUUUAUUGUCUGCUGAUGAUGAACUGUUGGAUAGCGAAACUGUUCCCAUUGCCAGGGCUGUAGUCACUUAACAUCUAGGGUUAAUUAUUCUGCAACAUUCCAAAACUUGUACCAAAUUUGAAAAUAGAAUUUAGAAACGUUUUGUGGAAUUGUGAUUUUUAAAAGUUACCAAAUGCUACUUGUAAUAUUAGCGCUACUAUGAACAAUCAUUUGCAACCAAACUCACAAUCCUACAAAUCCUAGUCGUUAAUAAGUUAAUUAUUCCUUAUGUCAUGAAAGAAACGUAAAUCGACAAUUUUGAGUCAUUUUUAGAAUCCCAAUUAUUUUAAAUUUCAUAAAUUCGAGUAGAAAUAACAUUAUUCGGCAAAAACAAGGGAUUCUCUCUAAUAAUUCAUGGCCUGUUAAUUCUAUAAUAUUUACAUUUGAAAUCAUAAUGAAUUUUAGGUUUAUGUAUAAUGCAACGAAGAUGAUAAUAUUUGGCAAUCGAACAAAUGUUUUAAUUUCCAAAUAAUAGAAUAAAAGUGAGCCUAACAUAAUAAGUAAAUGUCCGUUAGAUUUGAACAUUAUUCUUUUUUGAUUUAAGGUUAUCAAAGAACAAUGUUAUCUUCUAUUGUAGAUUUUUUUAAUUUAAUUCCCUCAGAGGUGUGUAAAUUGUGAUAUUUAACAUUUAAGUCAACGACAAUUGAGAUUACGAGUUACAUAUUUUUUCAUAGUUCUAAUGGACUGAUUUUUUUAUAUUGAACUGCUUUAAUUGGUGCCUUAUCGAUUAUUAUGGUUUAGUUAUUUGAAGCAAAAAAUUUAAAUUAUUUAGCAUAAAAUAUUAAUAAUUUAUUCAUGCAAUUAUAAAAGAACAAAGGUCUUUGUACUCUUCAUAAUUCCAACUUUCACUUGAAAGGAAAGCAACUUACGCAGUUUUUUAUAUCAGAUGCCUCGUUAAAUCAGUAAUUUCUGCAAAUGAGAAUUAAAUAAAUUUUAUUUUAAGCGAAAUUUGUUACUUAAAUCUAGCGAAAUCAUCCGCCCUGUUUAUAAGAAGUUGCGUAUGGUUUAAAACAAGUUUACUAUUAAAAAAUAAUACUUAAUAGUUCAUUUUAAAUUGUAACAAUUAUUCAAACAUAUAUGGCAUUUGUUUUUUUACCACAUUGUAAAACAUCGCGUACAUAAUGACCUUAACAUUGAAGGUUUCGUGCCAAUAUUUUCCGUUUAUUUUUAUGCUUUUCUGUAGUUAUUUGUGAUAAAAAUAUAAAUGAUACUUAGGAUUGUUAAGUCAUGUAGUUAAUAUUAACAAACAUAUCAAAAAUUAAAAAAAAAAUCUCAUGAAUGUCUAUGUUGAGCAUUUAAUUUGAGCAUUUUUUGUGAAAAUUUAUUAAAGUUGCUGAAUUUAUAGCCUGCAUUAUUUAUACUAUCAUAACAUUUUAAUAUAGUAUCAUAACAUCAGGUUAUAGAAAAUAACCUGUUAUUGAAAAUACCGGUUGAAUCACAAUUGCUUAUAUUAAAAUUACUAAAUUUUCAAAUUUUCAGAUUUAAACAAUGUUAUUUUUAAUCAAAUAAAGUCAUAUUUAUACUAUUUCAUUGAUUUGGAAACG